GUCAAUUGUUUUGACAGAUAAACAUUCGAUCAACCAAAGCAAAAUAUUUUUAAUUUUCUCUGCUUUCCUUUGGAGUUUUAUGAAAAACCAACAAUGAGGAAUUGUUUUGUGCCUCUUUGUGAUAUUCAGUGCAAGACAAUGGAGAAGAGGAUGAUGUUUCUGCCACCAAAGGAUGAGGAAAUGUUUGAGAAGUGGAAGGAAAAUCUUCCCAAAAAGCGCCCGUUUAAGCGUAAUGAUCGAGUGUGUGAGAGACACUUCAAUCCGGAGGAUGUAAUAAAGACGUGGGAGCACAAGAUAAAUGGACAAAUUUUUCAUUUGGAACGGGGAAAGCCUCGACUUCGGCCCACGGCUGUGCCGUGUCGGAAUUUCCCAAAAGAGGAGGAAAUUGAUGAGAUGCGAAAGAGGAGAGCAACACCUAAGAAAGCACCAGGAAAUACAAAUGCGCCCACAUCGCCGAAGAAGCGACGCAAGGAGGCGGAUGUGAGUGAUGAAGCCAAGGAUGAAACCAUAAUACUAAUGAGCCAAACGGAAAUUGCGCAGGAAGAUGAGAGGGACAUUAUCCUCGAGACCCUAAUACAGGAGGAGGAGCAACGACGAAAUAUCUUUUCAUCCAUAUUCGAUGAAAUCUAUGAGAUUGUCCUGCCAUCGCUACUGUGGGGCAUCCACAGGGAUCCGGAGCAUGAAUUCUUUGCAUUCACCUGCUUCGAUUCUGUCCGGCAAGCUGCCACGAAGAUUGUUCACAUGGACAGUGAUCUCAACAUGAGUAUACGAAUUAAGGGAAUUGUCGUCUCGUCGGAACAGCUAGAUUUCAGCACAGUCACCACGGAAUAUCUCUCUGCCGUCCUCUCGGAGAUUGAUGACCAAGUUAUGUGUCAGGGGGAUGAUGAGAGAUGCAAAGUCUAUGCCGAAGAAAAUUCACAGCACUGCUCCCAAUGCUCUAGUAGAGCCAUAAAGAGUAUUUAGAACUAACUCUCACAUCUCACAGCUUUUAGUUAAUAAGGAAUGUAUAUUUUUGCUAUGGAUCACUUCAUUUUCCUUCCUGAAUAAAAUUUUCAUUCGGAAUUCUUUUUUGAGGUUAUGUACUCCUGCGCGGGAACUCCCUGGAACUCCAACCGGCAUUCUGUAUCAUUGAAAAACUUUACAGAUAUUGUAAGUGAAUAAAUUAAAAUUGUUUCCAUCUCACUACUCUAAUGUUCUGUAAACUGUAAGAAAAAUAAAAUAUUCUUAAGUAAUUUUAAAAA